AUGGCUUCCUUUUCCCACCUCCCAAUUUCUUUCUUUGUCUGUGCUUCCCUCCUCCCAAUUUCUUUCUUUGUCUAUGCUUCCCUUCUCUCUUUUUCCACUCUCAUGUGUUUGAGUAGUGCUUCAAUUGAGCAACCAUCUUCUAUCAAGCCUUCAAUUCAAGCAUCACUUGAGUCAUACCAUGAUCUACAUGUAUUUCCUCCACCAAAAAUUAGUUCUGAUAUCUUACCAGUUUCAGAGCCAAUAAAGCCUUCCAUUCAAGCAUCACUUGAGUCAUACCAUGAUCUACAUGUAAUUCCUCCACCAAAAAUUAGCCCUGAUAUCUUACUGGUUUCAGAGCCAAUACGUCCUUCAAUUCAAGCAUCACUUGAGUCAUACCAUGAUCUAUAUGUAGUUCCUCCACCAAAAAUUAGUUCUGAUAUUCUACCGGUUUCAGAGCCAAAACCACCUCAAAUUCAAGCACCAGUUGAGCCAUACCAUGAUCUACGUGUAGUUCCUUCACCCAAAAUUAGCUCUGAUAUCUUACCGGUUUCAGAGCCAAUAACACCUCAAAUUCAAGCACCAGUCAUUCCUAGGAAGUUGAAGGUUUAA